GGGCAGUGACAUGGCUGCCGACGACAAGUCCUCAUCUUCCUCCUCCACAUUGGACUGGGGAUCCGAACCGCCCCCUUCGCCUGCCAGCCCGUCCCACCUGACACACUUCAAACCUCUGACACCUGAACAGGAUGAGCCCCCGCUCCGCUCAGCCUACAGCUCCUUUGUCAGUCUCUUCCGAUUCAACAAAGAAAAAACAGGUGCAAACAUUGCACCAGCAAAAAAAGUUGAGGAAGGAAGACCCUCUUCAGGGACUGAAAAAAAUGAGGCGGCAGUAACAUCACCGCAGAAUGAGAGACGCAGCUGGUCUAGCCCCUCCCACUCCAUCCAUGGCUCUGGAAGUCACCGGAAACAGCACCCUGAAUUGCUCAGACGAACAUCUACUGCCUCAGAGGGUCAACGCAAAUCGGAAGCCCCACUGGGAAGUCAUGACCCACGCACGGCCGUACAGUUACGGACGGCUUUAAAGAGACUGAAGGAGAUCAUGGAGGGAAAAAGCCAGGACAGCGACCUAAAGCAGUACUGGAUGCCUGACAGCCAGUGUAAAGAGUGUUACGACUGCAACGAGAAGUUCACCACGUUCCGCCGCCGUCACCACUGCCGCCUGUGUGGCCAGAUCUUCUGUUCCCGCUGUUGCAACCAAGAAAUCCCUGGCAAGUUCAUGGGCUACACGGGUGAUUUACGGGCCUGUACGUACUGUCGGAAGAUUGCGCUGAGCUAUGCUCAUUCGGCUGAUUCGGGCUCUAUAGGAGAGGAUCUGAGUGCGCUGUCUGACUCCCCUUACUCUGUGUGUGUAAUGGAGCCCAGCGAGCCACGAACCCCUGUGGGCGGCCGCAAAGCAAGUCGUAACAUCUUCCUAGAAGAGGACCUGGCUUGGCAAAGUUUGAUCCAUCAGGAGUCUCAGAACAGUGGCCUAAGUACCAGGCUCACUACAGUGCAAGAGGAUGUGGGCAAAUCACCAGCACGGAAGAGAUCAGCCAGUGUGACCAACCUGUCCCUGGACCGGUCAGGUUCUUCCAUGGUACCCUCUUAUGACAGCUCAGUCAGCCCUCAGACCAGUAGAGCCUUGCCCAAACCCGACCACAGCGAUGAGGAGAGGAAGAUCCUGCUGGACUCAUCUCAGCUAAAAGACAUAUGGAAGAAAAUCUGUCACAACAGUACUGGCAUGGAGUUCCAAGACCACCGUUACUGGCUACGUACAUACCCCAACUGCAUUGUGGGAAAAGAGUUGGUGAAUUGGCUCUUGCGGAAUGGCACUAUCUCAACCAGAGCACAAGCAAUAGCUAUUGGACAGGCUCUGGUGGAUGGACGCUGGCUCGACUGUGUAACCCACCACGAUCAGCUCUUCCGUGACGAAUAUGCUCUCUAUCGCCCUCUUCAGAGCACUGAGUUCUCAGAGACUCCAUCUCCAGACAGUGACAGCGUGAAUUCCAUAGAGGGGCAUUCAGAACCUUCCUGGUUCAAGGACAUCAAAUUCGAUGACAGUGACACAGAGCAGCUAGCAGAUGAGAAUGAAUAUGUCUUGCCAAACUCAGCCAGCCCCAGUAAACGGACCUCAGUGAGCAGUUUUCAGUCCGCUGUGGAUAGCGACUCGGCUGCUUCCAUUAACUUGAACGUAGAGCAGGACAACGUCAAUUUCCAUAUCAAGAAGCAGGCCAAGUACCCCCAUGUGCCCCCACACCCGGCCGAACAGAAAAGUAUGGAGCCUCCUGACCCCUUCACACCAGCCUUCCACACACAAACUGAGUUCCUGGUCUCUGAAGACGGUGGCCCGAAUAUUGCUAUCAGUGAUGCGUUCAUUAAAGAGUCUUUGUUUAACCGGCGAGUGGAGGAGAAGCCAAAAGAGAUGCUCUUUACCCCCUUGGGCUGGCACCACAGCUCCCUGGACCAGCUGAGGGAGGAGAAUGGAGAGAGAAAGGCUAUGGAGAGAUUACUCUCAGCCAACCACAACCAUAUGAUGGCUCUGCUGCAGCAACUGCUCUACAGCGAGUCUCUGUCCCUCUCAUGGCGGGACAUCAUUGUUCCCGUUGUGCGACAAGUGGUUCAGACAGUGCGUCCGGACGUACGCAGCUGCGAUGAUGACAUGGACAUCCGCCAGCUGGUCCACAUCAAGAAGAUUCCUGGAGGAAAGAAGUUUGACUCAGCCAUGGUGAAUGGCUUUGUUUGUACCAAAAACAUUGCCCAUAAAAAGAUGAACUCUUAUAUCAAGAACCCCAAGAUUCUGCUGCUCAGAUGUUCUAUUGAGUACCUCUACAGAGAGGAGACCAAGUUCACCUGCAUCGACCCCAUUGUCUUGCAGGAACGGGAGUUCCUUAAGAAUUACGUGCAGCGCAUUGUUGAUGUGCGGCCAAAUCUGGUGCUGGUUGAGAAGACCGUGUCACGCAUCGCUCAAGACAUGCUACUGGAGCAUGGCAUCACUCUGGUCAUCAACGUCAAACCUCAAGUCCUGGACAGAGUAAGUCGAAUGACUCAAGGAGACUUGGUCAUGUCCAUGGAUCAGCUACUCACUAAGCCUCGUCUGGGGACCUGUCAUAAGUUCUAUCUGAACUCUUUUCAGCUACCCAAUAAUGAGAUGAAGACUCUAAUGUUCUUCGAGGGGUGCCCCCCACACUUGGGCUGUACCAUAAAGCUCCGCGGUGCAUCAGAGUAUGAGCUGGCUCGUGUGAAGGAGAUUAUUGUGUUUAUGGUGUGUGUGGCUUACCACUCACAGUUGGAGAUCUCCUUUCUCAUGGACGAGUUUGCCAUGCCUCCCAGUCUUGCUAAGAGUUCCUCUUUCCCCUGCUUACUGGAGAGUAUGACAGGAGAAGAGGAAGAGGAAGAGGAGGCAAGGCAGGGGAAUAGGAAUGAGGAAGAGAUGGAUCACACUGAUAAUGCCCAAGAAGGGUUUUUUGAACCAGGGAUUCAGGAGAUGAUUGAGUCAGAACCUCCACUUAGUAUGGAAAGCCCCAAAAUGGACCAGACCGAUCCAACUACCUCUUCUCCUGUGGCAGAGGGCGAAGGGGUUAAGACAUCAACACCUGUGUCUUGCCCCUCCAAUCCACCUCCACCCGUGUCCCCACCUUUACUUAUGUCAAAUCUGGGUGAGAUAUCAAAGGAAGAUGUUGAAACUCAAAGGGAAAGUGAUUUAGAGGGAGGUGGAGAGGAGGAAGGAUCCCUAUUGUGUGGCAACAGAGCUGGCUCUAACACUCCAGCUCCUUCUGCUCCUCUCUUUCGUGAUCCUUUGCAGGACGAUACAGGCUUAUUCGUGACUGAGCAAGUUGCUCCCUCAGAUGACCGGCUCCAGUCACUGUCUGCCUGCUUCAAACAGGAGCUGAAGGACAUCAUCCUGUGCAUCUCUCCCUUCAUCACUUUCCGUGAACCCUUCCUUCUCACUCCCCCUGGCUUGCGCUGCCCCAGCCGCGACUAUUUCCCUGAACAGGUCUACCUCUCUCCACUACUCAAUAAGGACUUUAAAGAACUGGAUGGAAGGCGCAAGAGGCAGCUGCUAAAGGAUCCAUCCCCAGUUACAGGGGGGAUAUCCAACGGUGUUGGUCCUCCUCCACGAGCUCUCCAGCUUCUUCCAUCGCACAGGCUCACCAGUGCCCGAAUAGCAGAGCAACUGGGCAGUAGUCAGGACUUAGCUCGCAUGCUAGCUGACUAUCGUGCUCAGGGAGGUCGAAUACGUCAAAAAGAUGUCGAUCCUUUCAGUGCUAACCAGGGUCGUGAGUCCCAGUCGGGAAAGGUUCCUGUAAAGGCUGACAGUGAGGAGGAGAAGGCCCCAGGACAGAAUGACAUGACAUGGACAGCUAAGUUGGACUGUCUGAAUCCAGUCAAUCACCAGCGGCUAUGUGUGCUAUUCAGUAGCUCAUCUGCACAGUCCAAUAAUGCACCCAACCCCUGCGUCAGUCCUUGGAUUGUGACAAUGGAGUUCUAUGGCAAGAAUGACUUAACUCUUGGCGUGUUUUUGGAAAGAUACUGUUUCAGGCCUUCCUAUCAGUGUCCCAGUAUGUAUUGUGAAACUCCAAUGGUGCAUCACAUCCGACGCUUUGUGCAUGGUAACGGCUGCAUACAGAUUGUUUUGAAGGAACUUGACUCACCUGUGCCUGGAUACCAGCAUACAAUCCUAAAUUACUCCUGGUGCCGCAUUUGCAAGCAGGUUACUCCAGUGGUCCCCCUUUCUAAUGAUUCGUGGUCCAUGUCCUUUGCCAAAUACCUGGAGAUGCGCUUCUACGGUCACCAGUACACACGUCGUGCCAAUGCUGAACCCUGUGGCCACUCCAUCCACAAAGACUACCACCAGUACUUCUCCUAUAAUCAGAUGGUGGCCUCCUUCAGCUACAUCCCAGUGAGACUGUUUGAGGUGUGCCUGCCCCCUCCCAAGAUCUUCAUCAGGAACCAAGGCCCUUCUAAAUCCAGUCUACAGCAGGACCUCAAAGACUUCUCCCAGAAGGUGACCCAGGUUUACCUGGCCAUAGAUGACCGUCUCACCUCCCUUAAGACAGACACCUUUAGCAAGACUCGCGAGGAAAAGAUGGAGGAUCUGUUUGCACAGAAAGAUAUGGAGGAAGCUGAGCUGCGCAGCUGGAUAGAGAAACUGCAGGCACGUCUCCAGGUCUGUGGAUCGGACUCUCCUCAGCAGUUGCAGGCUGUGCUGGAAUCAGUUGUUGUCAGGAAGCAAAACUUGUGUGAGACCCUUCAGUCCUGGAACACCAGGUUGCAGGAGCUGUUUCAGCAAGAAAAAGGCAGGAAACGUCUGUCGGUUCCACCGAGUCCUGGUAGACAUAGGCAGACGGAUGACAGCAAGACCGGCACUCUUGAGUCCUCACCCCGCAACCCCUCCCCUCUGGUUCAGAACGGUGAGAAAGAGGAUCGUCAUCUCAGUACCAUGCCUUCAGGCUCUGGGUCAUCCUUACAGCUGCCUUCACCAGGAGAAACGGGCACAGAUAUGGUCACAUCUGGACCCUCUUUUGCAGAACAGGAUUCUGUCAGCAUUCCAGAGGAUGUGUUUGACGGCCAUCUUUUGGGUUCCAAUGACAGUCAAGUCAAGGAGAAGUCCACCAUGAAAACGAUUCUAGCCAAUCUGUUACCAGGAAACAGUUACAACCCUAUCCCUUUUCCUUUUGACCCAGACAAGCACUACCUGAUGUUUGAACAUGAGCGUGUCCCGAUCGCAGUGUGUGAGAAGGAACCCAGUUCCAUCAUUGCAUUUGCACUAAGCUGUAAAGAGUAUAAGACUGCCCUGGAGGAGCUUUCAAAGACAUCGGUGAAAACUGGAGGCGAAGAGACAAACCAGACCAACAGUGCCGGGGAGAGCAGAGCAAAGAACAGUCCAGCUAAGCCCAACGAGACAAGUGCCUCUCAGAUAGGCCGCAGCAGCAUGGACUCUGACCCUCUCAAGGAGCCAGAAAGUGGAGACAAGCAGAAGAAGCAGACAGUGAACCCACACAUUGAAUUGCAGUUCUCUGACCCCAAUGCCAAGUUCUACUGUCGGAUAUACUACGCUGAAGAGUUCCAUAAGAUGCGUGAGGACAUCAUGGAGAGCACAGAAGAUGACUUUGUGCGCUCACUCUCUCACUGUGUCAACUGGCAGGCUCGUGGUGGAAAGUCUGGAGCUGUGUUCUAUGCCACUGAAGACGAUCGCUUCAUUCUGAAGCAGAUGCCUAGACUAGAGGUGCAGUCCUUCUUGGACUUUGCUCCACACUACUUCACUUACAUCACAGGGGCAGUGCAACAUAAGCGGCCCACAGCCCUGGCCAAGAUAUUGGGAGUGUACCGGAUCGGCUACAAGAACUCACAGAACAACACAGAAAAGAAGCUGGAUCUGUUAGUCAUGGAGAAUCUUUUCUACGGUCGCAAGAUGGCACAGGUGUUCGACCUGAAAGGAUCACUGAGGAACCGGAACGUGAAAACAGAUCAGGGAAAGGAGAGCUGUGAGGUGGUGCUACUGGAUGAGAACCUGCUCAAACUGGUGCAUGAUAACCCACUCUACAUUCGCUCCCACUGCAAAGCCAUCUUACGGGCUGCCAUCCUCAGCGACGCUUACUUCCUCUCCAGCCACCUCAUCAUUGAUUACUCGCUGCUGGUGGGCCGUGAUGAUGCUACGGACCAGCUGGUGGUAGGCAUUAUAGAUUACAUCCGGACAUUCACGUGGGACAAAAAGCUGGAGAUGGUGGUAAAGUCCACAGGCAUUCUUGGUGGGCAAGGGAAAAUGCCCACUGUGGUGUCUCCAGAACUGUACCGAGCUCGCUUCUGUGAGGCUAUGGACAAAUACUUCCUCAUGGUUCCGGAUCACUGGACUGGACUUGGAGUGAACUGCUGAAGAGCAAAAGAGGAAAAAAACUGCACAAGCUGAGCAAUGCAGGACCUGAGAAACCCAUAUAUAUAUCUACUAUAAAACUUACAAUGACUGUUCAAUGACUCCAAAAAAAAAGCCCAUGUUUUCACACUCAGA